AUGACUGCCGAAGAUUAUCCAUCAUUAUGGGGCUUUGGAACAACAAAAACAUUUAAAAUUCCUGUCGAACAUUUGGAUUUCAAGUAUAUUGAAAAAUGUUCAGAUAUUAAACACUUGGAAAAAAUUCUUUGUGUACUCAGGUCUGGUGAGGAAGGAUAUUAUCCUGAACUUACGGAAUUUUGUGAAAAGCGCCUUAAAGGCUUGGCUCCUGAAAGUAGAGCUUUGAGGAAAGAUAAACCUGCAGCAACAGCAUCCAGUUUUACAGCAGAAGAAUGGGAAAAAAUUGACGGCGACAUGAAGAGUUGGAUAUCGGAAAUUAAAAAAGAAGAAAAUAAAAUGCACUUUCAUGAAACGGACACACUUCCGGCACUGGAAGAUAAUUUGCCUCCAGUUCGUGGUUCACAUAGCCAUCUCCAUGUUAGUAAGGAAAAAUAUUCUAAUAGCAGACAACCUAAGAAGAAAAUUCCAAGGGAUUAUGCAGAAUGGGAUAAAUUUGACGUGGAAAAGGAAUGUUCAAAAAUUGAUGAAGAUUACAAAGAAAAAGCUGUAGUAAACAAGUCACAUUUGUCUAAAAUUGAGACAAGAAUAGACACAGCAGGUCUAACUGAGAAGGAAAAGACUUUUCUUGCUACUCAUGAAAAGGAAAAAGGAAAUGAAGCUUUCAACUCAGGAGACUAUGAAGAGGCUGUGAUGUAUUAUACUAGGAGUAUAUCAGUGCUCCCCACCGUGGCGGCCUAUAACAAUCGUGCUCAAGCAGAACUCAAACUACAGAACUGGAACAGUGCUUUUCAGGAUUGUGAAAAGGUCUUGGAGUUAGAACCUGGAAACUUAAAGGCCCUUCUGCGCCGUGCCACUACAUAUAAACAUCAAAACAAGCUCCGGGAAGCUCUAGAAGAUUUGAAUGAAGUACUGAAUGUUGAACCUGAUAAUGAGUUGGCCAGAAAGACCUUGUCAGAGGUUGAGAGAGAUCUGAAAAAUUCUGAAGCUGCAUCUAAGACUCAAGCCAAAGGAAAGAGGAUGGUUAUCCAGGAAGUAGAAAACUCAGAGGACGAAGGUGGAAAGGACAGCAGAAGAGCACAGGAAGACGGGAGUGGAGAUAAGAAGGCCGCGGAGCCGGCGGGAGCCGGGAGCGCCGCGGAGCCGCGCGCCAUGGGCAACAUCCAGAAGAAGCUGACCCGCAAAAGCGAGGGCGGCAAGCGGCCGGAGAGGGGCGCGCCGCGGCGGGGUCGGGAGCUCGGAUCCGGCGCGGACAAGCGGGGCCGACCGCGGGCCCCCGAGGCGGCAGGCUGCGCCAGCCAGCACCCGGGCAGCGGGCGGGGCGCCGGGGACCCUGCCGCCGUCGCGGCCCCCGUCCCCGCCGCCACGCUCGGCCCCGCGGGCUUGAAGAGCCAGGGCAACGAGCUGUUCAAAAGCGGCCAGUUCGCCGAGGCGGCCCUCAAGUACUCGGCGGCGAUCGCGCAGCUGGAGCCUGCAGGAAGUGGAAGUGCAGAUGAUCUAAGUAUCUUAUAUUCAAAUAGAGCAGCGUGUUACCUAAAAGAAGGAAACUGCAGCGGCUGCAUUCAAGAUUGUAACAGGGCUCUGGAACUUCAUCCAUUCUCAAUCAAGCCUCUUCUUCGUCGAGCAAUGGCCUAUGAAACUUUAGAGCAGUAUCAGAAAGCUUAUGUGGAUUAUAAAACAGUGUUGCAAAUAGACUGCAGAAUCCAGCUAGCAAAUGACAGUAUUAACAGAAUAACAAGAAUUUUGAUGAAUCUGGACGGACCAAGCUGGCGGGAGAGGUUGUCCCCCAUUCCUGCUGUGCCCACAUCUGCGCAUUUGCGAGCUUGGCAGCCUGUGGCAGAGACGCCCCCCAGCCAAGGGGGGGAUUCCUGCAGCCGGCCCCAGCCCGGCAGCACAGAUGAAAAAAUGUUUAAAACCCUUAAAGAAGAAGGAAAUCAAUGUGUAAAGGACAAAAACUAUAAAGAUGCCCUUAGUAAAUACAGUGAAUGCUUAAAGAUUAACAACAAGGAAUGUGCCAUUUAUACAAACAGAGCGCUCUGUUACUUGAAGCUGCGCCAGUUUGAAGAGGCAAAGCAGGACUGUGAUCGGGCACUGCAGAUCGAUGACGGGAGUGUGAAAGCGCACUAUAGACGAGCUCUGGCUCAUAAAGGACUCAAGGAUUAUCAGAAAAGUUUGAACGAUCUCAAUAAAGUUCUCCAACUAGAUUCAAGUAUUGUUGAGGCAAAGAUGGAACUGGAAGAGGUAACCAGAUUCCUUAACAUUAAGGACAAUACGACGUUAUUCAACAAAGAAAAGGAGAGAAGGAAAAUUGAGAUUCAAGAGGUGAGCGAAGGCCAGGAGGAAGAGCCUGGAAGGACCUUGGAGGAGCUCUCCACUGACUGCCCUGCCUCUGAGAACCGGGACACAACCAGCGGGCUACCAGAAUACGAUGAAAAACUACCUAUCACCAAGCCUAACAACGCCUAUGAGUUUGGUCAGGUUAUAAACGCUAUCAGUAUGCGGAACGAUAAACAAGCCUGUGCACACCUUUUAACCAUCACUGAACCGAAAGAUUUGCCAAUGUUGUUGAGUAACAAACUUGAAGGGGAUACAUUCCUUCUCCUCAUUCAGUCUCUGAAAAAUAAUCUUGGUAAAGAUCCCUCAUUGGUGUAUCAGCAUCUUUUAUAUCUGAGUAAAGUAGAAAGGUUCAUGAUGAUGUUGACACUAAUUAGCAAGGGCCAAAAGGAGCAAAUUGAACAGCUCUUUGAUGACCUCUCAGACACACCAAACAAACAUUUUACUUUAGAAGACGUACAGGCCCUAAAAAGGAAGUAUGAGCUUUAAGUAAGACUAUGGUUAGAUUUCUUCCAUGCAUGUAUGUUUUCCAGUAAUGCUAGUGGGAUGGUAUUGUAAUAGAGUUGCAUGGAUAAAACCUGGUUUAGAAAAGAUCCUUUGGUCUGGACUAUAAAAUAUUUUACUUAUUUUUAUACAUAGAACAUGUAUAUUCUACAAUAUUCUUAUUAGUUGUAAAUAUUUUCUUACGUACCAAGAGCUAACAUCUUUAUAUUUAAUAAGUAUAUUUCGAACUUGUUUAAAGUACAUUUUAAUUUAUAUUAUACAUUUUCUUUUAAUUACUCACUUGUUAAAAAUUUGAGUUAAAUUACAUUUCUUUGGGCUGUGAAGGAUUCCUCUAAAGUUUGAUAGAAAUGUAUUUCUUUAAAAAUCAUUAACAAUGAUUAUUAUAUCACCUUUAUUUCCUGCUAUGAUAUAUAUAAAUCCCAUUUUAUACUACUUGUGGAUUACAGUCUGCUUGGGUGAAAUGCAACACUUAAGUCUUCUGAGAUGAUUAUUAAAUAAAUUGUGAUUAUUAAUUCAAGAGCUAUAAGAGGAACUUAUUUUUUCUUACAUGGAAACAUUAAAAACAAAAAUUGGCAAAAAUUUUUACUACUUUUUCUAGAUUUUAAAAAGCUCCUGUCCCGUAUAUAUUGCUUAUGUAAAUAAUAACAAAACCACCACUGUAUAAAAGCAAACUAAGCCUCCGUUUUGUCACCUCCACAUUUUCCCCAAUGUUUAAAUGUUCCUUUUCCUUUUCCCUUAAGCAUGACCAUAUUUAUUCCCUUAAUGGAAAGUGAAGAAAUCUUAUCAUAUUGAAAGCUCCUUUGUUAAUUGGGUCAAAGUAAAAGUAUU